AUGGAUCACCAGGGGCAUGGACAGCCCCCGGCAAUGGGGAUCAUAGGUGGUGGAGCCCAAAUGCCGUACGGCACUAACCCGUAUCCAAACCAAGUGACUGGGGCCCCGAAUUCAGGAUCGGUUGGAGGCAUUCAACCGAGCAGCCAGCCAACAGGAGCUCAACUUGCACAACACCAACUUGCUUAUCAGCAAAUUCACCAGCAGCAGCAACAGCAACUUCAGCAACAACUUCAGACAUUUUGGGCAAAUCAGUAUCAAGAAGUUGAGAAAGUUUCGGAUUUCAAGAACCAUAGUCUUCCUUUGGCCAGGAUCAAGAAGAUCAUGAAAGCAGAUGAAGACGUGCGAAUGAUAUCAGCUGAAGCCCCUGUCAUUUUCGCCAGGGCAUGUGAGAUGUUCAUCUUGGAAUUGACAUUGCGUUCGUGGAAUCACACAGAAGAGAACAAAAGGAGGACGCUUCAGAAGAACGACAUCGCAGCGGCGAUUACUAGGACUGACAUAUUUGAUUUCUUAGUUGACAUAGUUCCCAGGGAGGAUUUGAAAGAUGAAGUUCUUGCUUCAAUUCCACGAGGAACAGUACCCGUCGGAGGACCUGCUGAUGCACUUCCUUAUUACAUGCCUGCCCAACAUGCACCUCAAGUUGGAACUCCGGGCAUGAUUAUGGGGAAGCCGGUCAUGGACCCUGCUUUGUAUGCUCAGCAAUCUCAUCCGUACAUGGCACAGCCACAGCAGAUGUGGCCACCACCAGGUCCCGAGCCACAGCAGUCAUCCUCUGAUCAUUAGCAGCUCUAUUCGUAGAAGACAUGCUUCUCGAGACAUCUCGAGAAUGUUGUACGGAGACUGAAUAAGGAGGCGUUGUCUUGUUGAAAAGCAUGGUCAAGAUUCUAGCUCAAAGAUCAGACUGUGUAAAUAUCACUCUGAACAAUUUUCAUUUCAUUUCCUUUGUUUUCUCUAUCUCAAUUCUAGUUGGAGUGAUUACAUAGAGAUGUAAAUAUAAAUAUAUAUUUAUAUAUGUAGAAAUUUCAGUAUGAGGUAA